UAAAGACACAUAUGAGCAGAAGCACAGAGAAACUCUGAGGAAACCACCUGCAGGAAGUAAGAGGACGGAAAGAAAAGGGGAGAGGGGAAACUGAGCUGCAUUUUCUCCUGGAACUCAUUUACUCAUCAUCUCACUUUCAUUUUUUUUUUUGGCUUUAAAUAUUAAAACACUUUUUUGUUGCAAAGCUGGGCAUCAGACAUGUCCGAGGAUCUUCUUUUUGAACAGAGUUUAUGUGGAUUUUUGAGCACGCUGAUGUAAAAUCGAACAGAGCAGCUGCAGAGGAGAAGUGAAGCGGAGAGAGACGGCAAGGGAGGGGGAGGAAGAGAGAGUGUGUUUGUGAGUCUGAGCCUGUCACAGCGACAUGUUCAUGCUCAUUCGAGAGCCAUCCGCCGCAGGAGGCGGUGCUGGAGCGAUGAGCGCACCACCAGAGAGAAGCGCUAAGCAGGUUCAGGCUGCCAUCAAGAAGAAGAUGGAGAAGAAGAAGAAGCAAAGUAUCGACCAGGGCGUGCCUGGAGGAGACACUCAGAGUGUGGCUUCUCAACAGCGCCCGAAACCCAAACAGUUACCUAAAACCGCGACAGAAACAAAGGCAGCCGAGGACAGCGAGGACCUGGAGGAGAAGCUGGAGGAGAUGAUGGAGGGGUCACAGAGGAGAAAUGUGGAGAAAGAGGAGGAGGAGGAACCCUUGGAUCUGCUGCCUAUGGUACACUCAGUCUUUGGACAGGACAGAGAGCUGAGACCGGAGGAGCUCGAUGAACUCCGUGAAGCUUUCGUGGAGUUUGACAAGAACAAAAAAGGCUACAUCAGUCACAACGACCUGGGAGAGUGCAUGAGGACGAUGGGAUACAUGCCCACAGAGAUGGAGCUGAUCGAGCUGAGUCAGCAGAUCACUGGAGGGAAACUAGACUUUGAGGACUUCGUGGAGCUGAUGGGUCCCAAGAUGCUGGAGGAGACGGCAGACAUGAUCGGAGUGAAGGAGCUACGAGACGCGUUCAAAGAGUUUGACACGGAUGGUGAUGGUCAUAUCAGUCUGACGGAGCUGCGUGAGGCCAUGAAGAAGCUGAUGGGAGAACAAGUCACCAACAGAGAGAUCAGCGAGAUCCUCAAAGAUGUCGACCUGAACGGAGACGGCCUUGUGGACUUUGAAGAGUUUGUGCGCAUGAUGUCAAGGUGAUGGGUCCAGAUGGACAAGCAUCAGGACCAGGGGACAUGUUAGAAAGCAGUCAUCUUUUUUAAAUUAUACUUUUCUAUUCAGUAAUCACAAACAUGAAUAUUUAGGUGGUGAAAAACGUGCUUGAGCAGCUGUGACACAUAUCAGCAGCUUUACUAAACAAGUUUCUGGUUUUCUUUGUUGUUCAAAUGUAUUUUUAUAUGUGAGUGUUUGUAUUCUGAGUGUAAAAUAUUAUUUAUAAGCUGGAGAAUAGACUGUUUUUAAUAAAUAUAAUACACAAAUA